AACAGUACUACACAAUCAUAUGGAAACGCCCAUGAUUGGGGCGGCUGUAUAACCACUUGAGCACCUUUGGGAGCACUAAGCCGUGAAUUACGCCGCCAAGGGGCUUUGAGCGUCCUACCUACACUGAUGGCCGGUGAUCGCUGGGCAGAGCAGGGCUUUUACCCAUCAUAAUGCCUAUAAAUACGGUCGGGAUAAUCGCGAGGUCAGUCUCCAUUCUCAUCCACCGCUACCAGCACGAAUACAGUAUCGGCCCUUCCACCUCUUUUUGAAACUCGCCAUGAAGCACACGUCCAACACUCUGCCGCUUCUACUCAGCUUGAGCCAGUACUGGCAAGUGGCCAACGCUCUGGAUAACGGUAUCGGGCUGAAGCCGCACAUGGGCUGGAGUAGCUGGAACGUAGCUCAGUGUGAUGCUGCCUCGGCCAAGUACGCUAUUGACACGGCCAACAAGUUCAUCUCACUAGGUCUGAAGGAUCUCGGCUACGAGUAUAUCAACAUUGACGACUGCUGGUCGACCGGCAGCCGAGAUGCAGGUGGAAAGCUUGUGCCUGAUCCGAAGAAAUGGCCCAACGGCAUCAAGGCCGUCGCUGACCAGAUCCACAACAUGGGCCUAAAGUUGGGUCUGUAUGGCGACGCCGGGCAAAAGACUUGCGCUGGAUACCCUGGAAGCGAAGGCCAUGAAGCGUCCGACAUCGAUCAGCUGGUCAGCUGGGGAGUUGACUUUUGGAAAUACGACAAUUGCUAUACCCCAUGCAAUCAAAACCCGCGUCCACAGACCUGUAACAGCCCGGGUGGCAGCACCAAGACGUGGUAUGCGCCGAUGCGCGACAGCAUCCUCCGCGUACAGAACACACGCAAGAUUCACUUCAACCUGUGCAACUGGGGCCGUGACAAGGUUUGGGAAUGGGGAGCCCAGUACGGGCAUUCUUGGAGGAUGAGCGUCGACAACUGGGGCGACUGGGCCAGCGUCGAGCGCAUCGGCAGCGCGGCAGCCGGUAUCGCGCAGUACAGCGGGCCCGGCGGCUUCAACGACCUCGAUAUGCUCUACCUCGGGUCGUCGAGGCUCAACACCAAUGAGGAGCGCUUGCACUUUGGGCUCUGGGCCAUCACCAAGUCGCCGCUCGUGCUGGGUCUCGACCUGAACAAGAUCAAGGACUCCACCCUUGCCAUCAUCCGCAACAAGGGCCUCAUCGACAUCAACCAGGACUCGCUUGGCCGCGCCGCCACCACCUUCCGCCCGCCGGGCCAGCCCGCGCCCGUGGCUGGCAAGAUUUAUCCGUACUGGGCUGGUCCGCUUAGUGAUGGCGUGGUGAUUGGGCUGUGUGCUGGUACGGCGGCGGGCAGGUACUCGGUGAACUUUGCGGGUGUGCCGGACCUGGGCCAGGGCGACUUCCAGUGGAAGGAGAUGUACACGGGUCAGACUGGUAUGGGAAAGAACGUUUCGUUUGACAUCGCGCUGCAUGAUAUGCGCGUGGUGAAGGUAGUCAGGGGUUAAAAUCAGGACGUUUAGGAACCCAAAAGAACCUACUGGCUCAGGAUUAGCUUUGCACCUCCACGGGGGCUGCCACUCCUGCAUCACACUCCGAUUAGUGGUAUCAGCUAGCAUACAACUCAGCCGGCCUACGAGCCCCCGCGACAUGGUCCAUCUCAUACAGCUGUGUGUUCUCGGG